UCAUAUUAGGUACAUGUAUUUGGUUUCACACAUAUAUAGAUAACUACUAAUUAGUAGGACAAUUCCCAUGAAGCUAACAGUUAAGCAUGGAUUACUGCUUUCAUCAAACUACUGCUCCGACCUUCAUUGAAUGGCUCAAGCCAUCACCUUCUAUUUCUUCUCCUUGUAAAUCAUCAUCUUCUUCUUCGUCUUCUAUAGUAAAUAACUAUCAGAGGCAACAACAGAAAGAACCACACGAUGAGGAUCAACAAGAGAAAGAAUCCAUUCAUCGUCGGUACCGACAAGAAGGCGGCUCCAUAUGUUUACCACUUCUAAGUAGGUUUACAGAUGAUAUCAAUAAGCAACCCAAAGAAGAAGAGUCAAGUAUAUCUCUUUGCCGACAUAAGGAUGGCGAGCAUAACACUCAUGUUGAUGUUAAAGAAGAGAAGCUUCUGGGGAAUCAUGAUAAGAACAAUGUUACUGUAGCUUUACACAUUGGUUUACCUAAAGUUGGAGAUAGUAUGCAACUUAACAACUCUAAUGGUCAGAUGAUGCAUGUGAAGCCAUCUUUGGCGAGCUAUAAUGGCGAUAAAGAGGAUAAACCCAUGAGUGAUAGGAUGAUGAUAAGUUUUGAUCAAAGCUGUGGUAAUUUAAGUAAUAAUAGUACUUGUAGUACAACUACUAAUGAUCAGCAGCAGAUCAGUAGAUUUUGGAUCCCUACACCAGCUCAAAUACUUAUUGGACCAACUAGAUUUUCUUGCUCGGUGUGCAAUAAGACCUUCAAUAGAUACAACAAUAUGCAGAUGCACAUGUGGGGGCAUGGAUCACAAUACAGAAAAGGGCCAGAGUCGCUUAGAGGGGUUCAGCCAACAGCUAUGUUAAGGCUACCUUGUUAUUGUUGUGCUCAUGGAUGUAAGAACAAUAUUAAUCAUCCUCGAGCUAAGCCGUUGAAGGACUUUAGAACUCUGCAAACGCAUUACAAAAGAAAGCAUGGAGUGAAGCCAUUCAUGUGUAGAAAAUGUGGGAAGUCCUUUGCGGUUAGGGGAGAUUGGAGAACACAUGAAAAGAACUGCGGAAAGUUGUGGUAUUGUACCUGUGGAUCGGAUUUUAAGCAUAAAAGAUCACUCAAAGAUCAUAUUAGGUCAUUUGGAAAGGGUCACUUUCCUCACCCUUGUCACAAGGAUUUUGAAGAUUGUGAUCAGAAAGAAACCGUUGACAUGGAAUCCGAUGAUGAUGAAUUGCGCUCUGCAGGAGGAUCACAUUGAACAUGUCGGUAACUGAAAAUUCAUGCCUAAUACAGAGUUAUUGAUCGCAUGCACUAAGUUCUUUAUUUAUAGGUAUAAAAGGUUCAGCUUUUAAUUCGUAGUUAAAUGCGCUUAGCUUAUCUAAGCUUGUGCUCAAUAACAAAAAACUCAGGAACCAGUAAGUGUUGAAUAGUUGCAAGAUGUUAACACAGAAAAAAAAGAGGGGGGUUUGUUACCGAGCAUAUGCACAACGGUGAGCAGCAGUAAGUAAUAAGUUAAGUUAUAUAUAGUUAAUAGCGAAACAAGGAUGACUACCUCGUAUAUACGAUUCAUGAAGUAGUUGAAUUUUCUUCAAAUAUCGAAUUCUCAGGUAUGUUCUAAGAUCAGAAGUUAUUUUCAUCUUUCUGCCAAGGAAGAAAAUUCAUCCACUUCAUUAUGGACUAAUGAGGUAACGUCCUAGGUUGUUCGUUCGUCUAUCAGUUGUAGAAUUGGAGUUUCAGUUUAAAGGAAUGUAAUAAUGGAUUAAAAUGAAUUUUUCACAUCUUACGUUAAUAUUACGCAUCUGUAUUUUUAGUU